GACCAGUAUGGCUGGAACUCAAAUAUUAGUACCAUUGUGAUAAAUGUGGAAGACAUAGGUGACCAGCCUCCCAUUUUUGAGAAGCCUACAUAUGCUGCUACAAUCCCUGAAGACACCCCAGUGGGCACAGAAGUUUUGAGAGUAUUUGCGCAGGAUGGAGACAGAGGCUUGGCCAUCAAAAAUAAGAUAUGCUACAGUUUUGUGAAUGGGUCAGCCCUGACUUCUUCUUAUGAAGACUUCAGGAUAGGGAGGAGCAAUGGCAGUAUACUUAUAGGCAGAAAGUUAGACAGGGACAAGCCAGAUGUUAUUCAAAAGGGGGGAGUGUUUCAGCUCACAGUGAAGGCUCAAGAAUAUGAUCCAACCAAUGAUUGCAGCAGCAUCAAUAGUACUAUAGAUGGCACCGAGGCAACCCUUUACAUCACAGUACAAGAUGUCAAUGAUGAGACACCAACAUUUGGACAAAGUGUUUACUAUGCUACUGUGGAGGAACAGUUGAAGGGGAUCCCGAUUACAUUAAAUAACUCUGAUAUCACAGUGACAGACCUGGAUUUGGGAGACAAUGGUACCUUUGAACUUUAUGUCACCAAAAAUGGACAGAAUUACUCUGCUUUCUCCGUCACCCCGCGCCGCUCAGUGAAUGAAGCCAUUGUCAUUGUGCGAGUGGAGAAUGCAACAGCCGUGGACUUUGAGAAGACGAGGAGCGUGACAUUCCAGAUUGUUGCCAAGGAAACUCAAACAGCUGAACGUAGGACGAGUAAUGCCACCAUAGUGUUAACAGUGUUGGAUAGAAAUGACAACCCCCCAGUGUUUGCCGACCCUGAGCACAUAGCAUUUAUCCUGGAGAAUUCUCCAAAUGGCACCCAUGUGAUAACAAUUACUGCCACUGAUGAAGACACCGCCAGUAAUUUUUCAGACAUCACUUAUAGUUUACAGGGUGGAAGCAACAGUUUUGCAAUCAACUCCACCUCUGGCAUGGUCUAUGUGUCUUGUGGGUCUCCAAAAGAGUGUCAAAAGCAACUUGACUUUGAGAAGACCAGCAUAUAUUAUAUGACCGUUGAGGCCACUGAUGGCCGCGGACUUAAAGGUACAACACAGCUCGAAGUUGUCCUGAACGACACCAAUGAUAACACGCCCAGCUUUACUCAGAACAAAUACUCUGGUGUGGUCAAAGAAAACUCAACAACUUUUGAAAGGGAGAUUCAAGUCCAGGCCACAGAUGAAGAUUCUGGACUGAAUGGGAAAGUGUACUACAACAUCACAGGUGGCGACCCCCUGAGGAACUUUACUAUUAACACGACCACAGGGAUCAUCAGCCUGGCCAGCCCCCUGAACUACGAGGCUAUGCCCAGGAACUCUGACGGCUGGUUCCAUUUAAAUGUGACGGCCACUGACUGGGGCUCCCCACCUCUCAGUGAUAUGGUACAGGUGGACAUAGAAGUGGUGGAUGAAAAUGAUAACGACCCAGUGUUUGUGAAUAAGAGUUACACAGCUGAAAUAUAUGAGAAUGCAACAACAGGUGACACUGUAUUACAAGUCAAUGCAACAGAUCUUGAUAAACCUGGUGAUCCUAACAGUAUCAUCAUCUACCGCAUAGAGAGUGGGGGAAUGGACAAGUUUAGGAUAGAGCCCAACUCUGGGAAAAUCAAAGUGGAGAAAGGGGCCAGGUUUGACCGGGAGACUCUGGAUGUGUACAACCUCACAGUCCUUGCACUGGAUAGGGGAACCCCGCAGCGAAGUGCGUCCUGCAGCGCCAUAGUUCACAUACUAGAUGUCAAUGAUGAACCGCCACUUUUCCCCAUGCCAGAAGCCCGGGCAGAAGUUUCAGAAAAUGCAUCCAUUGGACAUAUUGUGUACACAUACAAUGCAUCAGACCUAGACAAGAAUUCCUAUUUAAGAUAUUCUUUACUGGAAUCGUCUAACUAUCAGAGCUGGUUUGGCAUCCACAGCAACAAUGGCUCUGUGUAUGUGAAAAACACAUUAAACCGGGAAAAUCAGAGCGAUGUCACCCUGACUGUCAGAGUAGAGGACCAGAAUGCAUUUCACCCCAGACCUCAGACAGCCACAGCCACUUUAGUGAUAACACUUAUGGACUAUAAUGACAAUGCUCCAGAGUUUAUUGAGUCCCCCCCAGCAAACUUUACCAAGAAUAUGACUCAGAAUAUGACAGUGCAGUAUAUGUACACUGUCCAGGUCAACGAGAGCGCCACCACAGGGCAACAGGGGAGCAGGGUUGUUACUCUGAAGGCCAAGGACGCAGAUCAAGGACAGCGAGUUAACUUCACCAUAGUCAACAACACAGACAAGUUUGAAGUCAAUCCACUUACUGGUGAUGUUACUCUGAAAAUACCACUGGACAGAGAGCAGCGUCCAGAGGAACAAUUUCAAGCCAUUGCUGUUGAUAUCCCGUCAAGUAACACAGGACCCCCUCUGACCAGUACUGCUACUGUGGUUGUUAUUGUUAUGGAUACUAAUGACAAUGACCCUGUAUGGGUUAGUGAUAUGCCAUCGUCUGCCAGCGUCCCAGAGAAUGCCACUGUCAACACCCCAGUGCUGACUGUCAAUGCCACUGAUCUCGAUGACGGUGACUAUGGGAACGUGACUUAUAUCAUCGAGAGUGGCGAUAAUGGCAAGUUUAGGAUUGAUCGUAACACUGGUGUUAUAACAGUAGCAGGCCAGCUGGACAGAGAAAACAAGAGCACAUUUUCUCUCAAUAUUGAAGCCAGGGACAAUCUGGGUCAUGCACCAAGCAGAAAAAUUCAAACCCAGAUCACAGUGCACAUAACAGACAUCAAUGAUGAGAACCCAAAAUUCAGUCAAAAAUCAUAUUCUUUCCUAGUAGAAGAGGACAAAGGUGAGAGCUAUGUUAUAGCAACCAUCACAGCCAAUGACAGGGAUCAGGCUGGGACAGACAAUUCCAGAUUGACCUAUACUGUUGUCCCAGACUCGGGCAAUGGAACUGAACUGUUUGCCAUCAAUAACACAACUGGUGCUGUCCAUCCUAAAGCAGUUCUGAAUGGUAAACAAGGCUUCUUCUACAUGACAAUACUGGCCACAGAUCAUGGCUCUAUACCUCUGAAUAACAGCACUGAGGUGGAGAUAGAAGUUACUGAUAUCAAUGACCAUAAACCAAAAUUUCCAUGGAAAUCCAUAACCAUCAGUGUUAAUGAGAGUUUCCCUGUCGAUGGAAAUAUCACCACAGUUAAGGCUACUGACCUUGACCUUGGAGAAAAUGGCCGUGUCAGCUACCGUCUGCUUAAUAACUCUGUAAGCUAUCAGGAAAGCUAUGAAACCUUUAAAAUUGACCCAGAAACUGGGGUAUUACGAACAAAAAAGGAGCUGGACAGAGAGACAGUGAAUCAGUAUACAGUCCGAGUAGAGGCAUAUGAUCAUGCUCCAUUAGGGAAGGCAUUGUCCUCUCAGGUGGAUGUGAUUAUACUCAUCCUUGACAUUAAUGAUCAUGAGCCUACCUUUGACCGUGAAAAGUAUCCCAUGCCUUCCAUUACUAAAUAUGUGGAAGAAAAUAAAAAGGGUGCCAGGGUUUUCAGUAAUCUGAAGGCAGACGAUGAAGAUGUAGCUGCAGUAAUCUGUUAUUGGAUUGUAGAGGGAAACAAGACACUUUUUGAGGUAAAUUAUACCAAUUCCAAGGCCAACAUCAGCUUAAAAACAAAUAUGUCCCUUGACCGUGAAAAGACAGCAAGGUACACACUGGUUGUGGAAGCCAGUAACGACUGCGCUAAUGAACCAACCACUAAGAACAAAGAUGCUCAGGUUGUUAUUGAGGUCCAGGUUCAAGAUGUCAAUGACAACCCACCCACGUUUAAUAAGCACCUCUUCACCGCCGGCAUCACUAAAGAAGUGGAGCCCCCUGCUACAAUAUUAGAGCUGAAGAAUGAAGUGGUGGACCGUGACAUAGGCAACAACAGCCGUGUCCAGUUUUACAUGGUGCCUGGCAGUAUGAACAUCAGUAGUGAUCUGAAACAGAAGAUAGGCAGCAAAAACCCUUUCCUGGUGGACCUCAGUGGCAAUGUCAAGUCUGACAUGUACUUUGAGAGUGACAUGUUCGGCUAUGUCGACUUCUUUGUAUAUGUCAAUGAUUCUGGAGGGUACAAUGACAAGGCCAAAGUAUCGAUUUAUUUGAUAGGUUCCAGUCAACAGAUCAAGAUUGUUUUACCUGGUACUCCAGAUGAGGUCAGACUGAAGAAGAGAGAACUUGAAGAAUAUCUCUCCAACAUCACAGGAGCUAUCAUUAAUGUGGACAAGUUUGUAGAACAUGACCCUACAGGGAGUAGUAGUAGUAACCUCAAAAUAGAUAGAACUGAUGUUUAUGUCCAUGCUAUACAAAGAGACACAAAACAAGUCCUAUCAUCUGAUGCUUUGGUGGGUGUACUAGAAGCAAAUUUGGACCAGUUGACUGCAUUUUAUAAAAGAUUUGGCGUUCAUGAAGUCACUAAAAUCACCCCUGAGGAACCACCUGUGGAGGGUCUGGCUGAGCCGUUGAGGAUGGCUCUCCUGAUCACAGCACUGGUACUGCUGCUGCUGCUGCUUAUCUUGAUAGGAAUGUUCUUCACUGCCAGGAGGAAAUACAAGAGGAAGCUCAAAGCUGCCACAGCAUAUGCUUACAAUACAAAUGACAAUGGUUUAAACCAUGUGGAUCUUGUACCUGGGACCAAUUUACACACAUUUGAAGG